CACUGCAACGAGGUUUGAGAGAUAGAAAGAGAGAGAUUUCUUCCUUCUCCAACGGCCAUGAAAUAAAACCCUCCAAAGAAACCCUAGAAGAGGAACGAGAGACAGAAGACGAAGGAGAAGAUGCAGGAUAUAUUCGGAUCCGUCCGUCGAUCUUUGGUUUUCCGAAUCAGUGGCUCAGAUGCAGAUGAAGGCAGAGGAGGAGGGGGUCUCGUAGAUAAGAUCGGAUCUCGUCUUCGUAAAUCAGGGGUCGGAUUUCUCUCCAAACAUCUGGCCCCACCUCCUCUUCCCUCUCCAUCUCCUCCUCCAUCCCAUUCUCCUCUUAAGAAAGACUGUGGGCCACCGAUCCGAUGGCUGAAGGGCGAACUGAUUGGGUGUGGGGCCUACGGCCGCGUCUACAUGGGCAUGAACCAGGACUCUGGCGAACUCCUUGCCAUCAAACAGGUUUCGAUCGCUGCAAACAAUGCAUCCAAGGAGAAAGCUCAAGCUCAUAUUCGGGAGCUUGAAGAAGAAGUCAAGCUUCUUAGGAACCUUUCUCAUCCGAACAUUGUUAGAUAUCUGGGAACUGCUAGGGAGGAAGAAAGCUUAAAUAUUCUGUUGGAAUUUGUUCCAGGCGGGUCCAUCUCAUCACUGCUUGGGAAAUUUGGAUCCUUCCCUGAGGCUGUUAUAAGAAAUUAUACAAAGCAGCUGUUACUAGGGCUGGAGUAUCUCCAUCGAAAUGGAAUUAUGCAUAGGGACAUUAAGGGUGCAAAUAUUCUUGUUGAUAACAAGGGAUGCAUCAAAGUUGCUGACUUUGGUGCAUCAAAGAAAGUUGUCGAGCUGGCAACAGUCUCGGGUGCCAAGUCGAUGAAAGGAACUCCAUAUUGGAUGGCUCCGGAAGUCAUUCUCCAGACUGGGCAUAGCUUCUCGGCCGAUAUAUGGAGUGUUGGAUGUACUGUCAUUGAGAUGGCUACUGGAAAACCCCCAUGGAGUCAACAAUACCAGCAAGAGGUUGCUGCUCUGUUCCAUAUUGCAUCAACAAAAUCACAUCCGCCAAUCCCUGAGAAUCUCUCUAUGGAGGCAAAAGAUUUUCUUCUGAAGUGUUUACAAAAAGAACCGAACUUGAGGCUUGCUGCUUCUGAUUUGUUGCAGCAUCCCUUUGUUACAAUGGAAUUUCGAGAUCAGUACCCAAUACUCCGCUCUUCCACUAUGGAACAUUCAAGGAGCUCGUUUUCAAAGCCCGGAUUGUAUCCGAAUAACUCGCUUAGCCCGAUGACUGUGUCUAGGACGACCUGCAAGGGCCUGAAAGAUUCUCAUAAUGUUGAUAGUGUGAGGUGCUCAAAUCUAUGGACCAGCGAUGACAUGUGUCAGAUUGGUGAUGAAGAUGAAUUUGAGGUGGCUCGAUCAGUAAGACCAAAUGAUGCCUCAUUAGUAGACCAGUUUAACAAGAGUUUUAAUCCCAUGUCAGAGCCCCUAGAUGAUUGGUCAUGCAAGUUUGAUGAAAGCCCUGAACAAAGAGUGAACUUCGAGGACUUUGGUGGGUCAGUCAAGGGUGCUGCUGACAACUCUGGAGCAUCUGGGAAAGGCAUGAAUGAUUUCACUUUCCCUUGUGGGCCAGCCAGUGAGGAUGAUGAUGAAGUCACGGAGUGCAAAAUCAAAGCCUUCCUAGAUGAGAAGGCUUUGGAACUGAAGAAGCUGCAAUCACCACUAUAUGAAGAGUUCUACAACACUAUGAAUGCUGCUUCUCCAAAUGUUGCUGGAAAGACUUACAGUGAUGAUGCUAAAAGUAUUCCAAAGUUGCCUCCAAAAUCACCAAGCAGGGUAGCCAGUGGGGCAUCUUCCCGGCUGGUUGAUGCCGCCAAAACGACGAGCCCCAGCAGUGGCAGCAGACGCUUCUCUAGCAGCAGUGGGGGCGUAACCAAUCAAGUUCUACAAGAAAUUCCAUUGCCUCAGCUGAAUGAAUGGAAAGAGCUUCAACUAGAUGAUCGGAAAGAGCCAAACAGCCCAAGUUUGAGUUUCUCUGAGAGGCAGAGGAAGUGGAAAGAAGAGCUAGACCAAGAGCUUGAGAGAGAACGAGAGAUGAAGCGCCAGGCAGGUGUUGUUGGGAAAUUGUUUUCUCCAAAGGACAGAGUUUCAAAUCGUAAGAGAGACCGGUUAUGGCUUGCAUCCCCGGGAAAAUGAAUAUGCAUACAAGUAUGUUUCCUCGUGUGUUUUCACAUCUCUACUUGCAUUUAAUGGGUUGUCUGGUUGAGGUAUUACUCUAUGCAGCUCUAUUUCGGUGACUAGCCCAAGUAUUCUGUGGCUAUCGCAAUACAACCCUGCAGUCUUGUGCUUCUUGCAGUUCAAGCAUAAAAUUUCAUGCUGUCACUGUCCAUGUAUAGAUUUUGGUUCAAGGCUGCUGCAUGGUAUUUGCUCAGCUCAAAAUGUGGUAAUGGCCAUUGUUGUCCAAUUUGGACAAAAUGAUCUUAUUUGUAAUGGUAUUAUAUUGCUGUAUCACAUGGUAGUUAGGUGUUGAGAAAUAUACCAUAUUGGAUUUUGAUGUUGAAACUGUGGUACAAACUGGUGUUGUAAAGCUCAUAUUCCUCGUAUAGUAUCACCACCGCCUGUAUUAUCAGCAACCAAUAAAGAUCAAUUGUAUGUUUUAUAUUUCA